GAGGCCCGCGUCCCGGCGGCGGGAGGAGGGCUGCGGACGGGGAGGAAGAGGAGGAGCCCCGCCGCUCGCCCGCCGCAGGAAGCAGCCGGAGAAUGUGCGGUAGCGCCGGGGGCCCGGCCGGCACGCCGUGACAGCCCGCCCCGGCACCGCUCUCGCUUCGCCCCGGCUGGCCCGACCCCUCCCCGCGGAGGAAACAUGUCCAAGAUGCCGGCCAAGAAGAAGAGCUGCUUCCAGAUCACCAGCGUGACCACGGCGCAGGUGGCCAGCAGCAUCACCGAGGACACCGAGAGCUUAGACGACCCAGAUGAGUCCCGGACCGAGGACGUCUCUUCGGAAAUCUUUGAUGUGUCCCGAGCCACCGACUACGGCCCCGAGGAUGUUUGCGAGCGGAGCUCCUCAGAAGAGACUCUCAACAACGUGGGUGAGGCCGAAACUCCUGGCAGCGUCUCUCCCAACCCCCUUCUGGACGGGCAUCUGGCUGUGGCUGCGGGAGGGGCGGCUGCAGCUCCGCCAGCUGUAGCCCCCAACGGGGGGGCUGUGCCCAAGAGCUCUGCCCUGCCCCUGCCAGCUGCUGCCUCGGGCGCUGCCAUGGCAGGAGGCAGCACUGCUCCACCUGCCGUGCCCUCCACGGGGCCUCCUGCAUCUGCCCCUCCUGGGACCAUGUCUCAAACCGUGGCCGCUGCCUGCAGCUCGCGCUUCAGGGUGAUCAAGCUGGACCAUGGCACAGGGGAGCCCUACAGGCGAGGACGAUGGACGUGUAUGGAGUAUUAUGACCGGGACUCAGACGGUGGUGGUGCUGUCCUGAGCAGGACUGGAGAUUGCAUUCGGCACAGCAGCACCUUUGAGCAGGCUGCUCAGGACAGGGACAGCGGCCUUGGUGCCACGGGAGGUUCCAUCGUGGUUUCGGCUGUGCCGGUGUCGGCCCAUGGCCCUGAUUCUAUAGCUGACAGUUCCCUGUCUGCUGUGUCACAGCUGCUCCAGACAGAGAAAAUGAACCAGUCCUCUCUACAGCAACCUAAUUUUGUCAUUGGGCAACAACAGCAGCCGCAGCAGCCCAUAGGUGGGGCCAUGCCUCAGAGUACUGCUCAGCCGAUGUUCUCUGGGGCUCCAGUAGCGAACCAGCAGAUGAUGGUGCCACAGCAGCCUCAGCCUCCAGCCAGUACGCAGGGUGUUGCACAGCCUGGACCCAACGGGAAAGCCAUGGCACCUCCCAGUGCAGCAGUGGGGCAGCCGAGCAUUCCUGUGGCACAGCAGCAGGUGCAGCAGGCAAACGUACCAGUGACUCAGCCUCAACAAUUUGCUUAUUCUCAGUCCCAGAUCCCACCGGUGCAUCUACUGCCGACGCAGCCUUCUGGUCAGACUGAAUACAUGCAGCACAUGACAAUUAUGCAGUCUCAAGGAACUAUUCAGCAGGCUACUGCGGGCUCUGUUCCAAGUACUGUGGCUUCCAGCCUUCCUGUGGGGCAGGUGACCAGCCAGAAUCCCUCACCUGUGGGAGUGCCAGCCAUGGGGGUGUCGGCGCAGCCCGGCGAAGCGGUCGGACAGGGAUCAGGAUUAGUGCAGGGUGGGCAGACACAAGCUGGUCAGAGCACCGUCCCGCAGCCCGGAGGGGUGGUGCAGCAAGGCAUGGGGCAGACAGGGGUUGUGCAACAGAAAUCUGUGACUCAGCAUCCAAUGGGUGGAAGCAGUCAAGUGUCCGGAAUGCCUGGUGCUCCCCACGCCGUGGUCUCCGGGGUUCAGAACGUGCCUGCAGCCGUGCCCGGUACCAGCGUGCCUACUGCCUCUACCACCACUUCUGUUACUAUGCCAAAUGUCCCUGUUACACCAGCGCAGUCACAGCUGAGCAGCCACACCUCUGCCAGCAGGAGCUCCGGUGUUGUCCAGCCACAGCACGUGGGACACUCGCUGAUGCCAGGCACACCCAGUGUACCUGCUGGUCUGACACAGCCAAACCUCGGACAGUUUCAGACUCAAGCUCAAUCCUUAGUAGGCCAGAUUGAUGAUACUAGAAGAAAAUCGGAACCCCUACCUCAGCCACCACUUUCUCUUAUAGCUGAAAAUAAACCUCUUGUGAAGCCUCCCAUUCCAGACACUCUAGCAAAUCCUCUCCAGUUACCUGCAAGUACUCCUAUGAACAGUUUUGCCAGCUCUGUGUUUGGCAUAUCUAUUCCUGUUGAUGGUGAUGAAGACAGGAAUCCGUCAACUGCAUUCUACCAAGCGUUCCAUUUCAACAAGUUACGCGAGUCAAAGACCUUCUGGGAUAGUGCAUCUGGUGCAAGCGUUGUUGCCAUUGACAACAAAAUAGAACAGGCAAUGGAUCUAGUGAAAAGCCAUUUGAUGUAUGCAGUAAGAGAAGAAGUGGAAGUCCUGAAGGAACAAAUAAAAGAAUUAGUUGAAAGGAACUCUUUACUUGAACGUGAGAACGCACUGUUAAAAUCUCUUUCAAACAAUGAUCAGUUAUCCCAACUCUCAAGCCAACAGGCCAACCCCAGUAGCACUUCACAAGCAGUGACAGCACAGCCUCCUCAGCCAGCACAACCCCCACAGCAACCGAAUGUCUCCUCGGCGUGAAGCUUCCCCGAGAGCCUGCGAGCAGCCUGUGCCCUGGCACCUCCCUCACCUCUGUCCCAGCCAGCAGCCACGCUUCUCUUGUCUCUUUGGCCUUUUCAGUAUUAGACAAUCAUUCUACACGAGCUGCCCCUCACUGGUGUCUGAGGCCUGCAGGUGGUGUCCCUUAAGCCACCAGUGCCCGAGGGAGGUCUGAGAGGGAGUUCCUGGUGCACAGGAUGCCUCUGCUUGGUGUGCAGGAGUGAGAUCUGCAGGGGCUUGGGUGGCUCUCCAAGGUUUCCAUUUCCCGUGGAUUACUUUGCGCCUUGCUAUCUGCUAAGCAGUAACAAUUCAUCUGAAGAGCCACUGUUCUUUCAAUAUAAGUAACAUUUGCCUACAUUAGUUUCAUUUGUUUUAUUUAUUACAGGGCUGCUAUUUUCAUAAUGUACAUGAACAAUGUCACAGAACUUUUUUAUUUUUUUUUAAAUAAAUGUAUGUAUCAGUAAAAUGAUAGAUGGGAUUGCGUUUAAUAGAUAAAAUGUUUAGGCAAUAAUGGAACAAAAGAAUCCUGGCAUAUUUCUAACACUAAUGGCAAUUUACCUUUGGUAUUUAUUUACGGUAGUAAAGAUGCAGCUUGAAUGUAAAUUUUGUAUAGAGUGUAAGUAUGAAAACCAUAGUGCAUCUGUACAGGUAGUCACCAGUUAUUGUGAUAUAAUAAAUAAUUGAUGGGCUAUUUUGAUGAAGAAAACUUUGCUCAUUUCUGUUUCUACUUUCUAAUUGAGAGAAAUUGCCAUGAUUCCUCUGCUUUUUGACAUUUCGUAUAGGUUUGGGUUUUGUUGUGUUUUUUUUUUGGGUGGGAAUAAAAAGCUGUGAAAAUUGUUCAACCUACUUUGUAACCAAAAGAAGCAAAGCUGUGUAAUUGAGGUUUUGGUUUUUUGUUUGUUUGGGUUUUUUUUUUUAAUUUUUAUUUCAUAAUGCACAUCUUUAUGUAUUUUUAUUUAGUGUUUUUCUCAUUCACAAACUUUCUUUGCUGUCUAGCAUGAUCUGCAUGACCCUAUAAUCUUUGAACCACUUUCGUACCUCAUGUUUUUAUCCAGCACUCUUAUUGUAAUAUGUAAUAGUCUGUGAACAAUGUCAAAUAAACAAGAAAGAACAGCUGGUGUUGGUGGAGCUGAACUAGUGUGCUGUACACUAGUUGUUUAAAAAGAUAAAUGAAGUGAGCCAUCUUUUGUUCAUUAAAAUGGUGUUUUUGAAUUUCGUAUGCAGAAAACGUUUUGUUACAUUGCAGAUUUUAAUGUAUUUAAUAAAUGCAACAUGCAGAUUAAGUGCAGUGUAUACUGAGUAUUUAAAUUAAAAAUGUACAUUUCAUAAAUACAGUUUCAAGAGAGACCAUCAUUUGUGUAAACUAACACAGUGUGUCAAAUUGAUGUAUAAAUAUAUAUUUUAACACCUUUUCUGAAAUUAAACUGCAGUUUUGUUGAA